AUGGGCAAUGCUCUGAUGUCCGUCGUUGCUUUCUUCCCGUCGAAAUCGUGCCAGAAAUUCCUUCUGGGGGGCGACAUCGAGGAGAUGCCGCCGGACAAAAUGUUGGAUUUGAGCGGGAAGCAUCUGAGGAAGUUUCCCGUGCAGGUCUGCGCGUUUACACAGCUCCUGAAACUGUACCUCAGCAACAACAACCUGAGCAGCCUGCCCGCCGAGCUCCAGCUGCUGGGCUGCCUGCAGAUCCUGGCGCUGGACUUCAAUCGUUUCCGGGAGCUCCCAGCCGCGGUGUGCCGUCUCCGCCAGCUCUCCAUCCUGUACCUGGGCAACAACAGCCUGUGUGACCUGCCGGCCGAGCUCAGCUCGCUGACCGACCUCAAGACGCUGUGGAUCGAAUGCAACUGCUUCGAGAGCGUGCCGCAGGUCAUCGCCGAGCUCAGGCAGCUGCGGGUCCUCCACGCCGGCUGCAACCAGCUGGGGGAGCUGCCGCGGGAGAUGCGGCGGCUCCAGCAGCUGCAGAGCAUCUGGUUGCCGGGCAACCAGCUCAGCGACUUCCCGCCGGUCCUGCUGGAGAUGGAGAGCCUGGAGGUCAUCGACGUGGACCGGAACAAAAUCAGGUGCUUCCCCAGUUUGGCGCACAUGAAGAACCUGAAACUGGUGAUGUACGACCACAACCCGUGCAAGAACGCCCCCAGGGUGGCCGAGGAGGUCAGGAGGGUGGGGCGCUGGGCUGACUACCGCCCCGAGGACCACAUUAAAUCAGCAGCAGAGAUACUGCCCGAGCAAGUGGGAGAAAGCAUGGACAUUGAAACAACAGAGGAGAGUGGUCAAAACCAGGAUUUCGCUUAAAAAAAGGUGUAAAAAGUUUUUUUAACGCCAUUUGACAUCUAAGAAAUGUUAUUUU